CCGUACCCCCGUGAGACUUUGCUCACCAACAGAUCCCGCCCGGCAUCGCACAGGGUUUUACUGCUAGCAGCAUGCUUGCAGACACACUACAUCUUAUGUGAGGGAGCUCAAACUUUUUGCGUCACGCACACUCGAGCGUGCAAGCUGCCUUCGAGCACUCGGCGAACGACGGCGGUUACUCUUGUUUGGUCGCGAUUGAUUUACUUGUGUUUUCAUGCCAUGAUGUAGAUCACAGGGUAUAAGAAUCCAAAAAGUGUCAUCAUAGAACUGCGCUUGGUGAAUUUCUGGCAGCAUUGCAAAUGGCGGGCGGCGGGUGCUUAUGACCACGCGCUUGCGCAAACGCUCGAUAGCCAGCCCUGAUUGCAGUGUAAGUAUACACUGUAUACACGGUUGCUCAUACAGCGUUGUCUUGCAUAAUUUGCCUUCUACAAGGCAAGCAGCCCGGCAGCUGCUCGCGAGCUGGUUCGCGGACGCCCGUGGCCGUGACGCCUCGCACCUAUUUUUACAGCACCAUUUGAAGCGGUGCUAUUUCUUUGGGUCGUUUCGGCCUUGUCAGUCACAAGACACACACCAUGCGCGCCUCUCUCCUGGCCGUCGCAGCCGUGCUGCUGGUCUCUCAGGCCGCGGCUUUCGAUGUGUGCCUGUACACCACCACUGCGGCGUCUGAGACCCGCCUGGACAUCCUGUCUGACAACAUCAAGUACCUGGCCCCUGGCAGCCACGUGAUGCGCACGGACGUGCAGCCCAGCCUGACUGACCCCAUGACCAAGGGCUUUGUCAUCCCGGGCAACAAGGGCUCGUACUACGAGUCUGAGGGCAUUGCGGCCAACCCCGCCAAGGCCACCGCCCUGAAGAACUUCGUCAUGUCGGGUGGCGCGCUGGUGCUGGCCGGCGGCGCCGUGCCCGGCGGCAACACCUUCCUGCCGCUGCUGACCGCCAUCGUGGGCGCUGACCCCAAGUGCCAGCCGCUGACCAUCACAUCGGACGUGCUGGUCCAGAACCGCAUCGCCUCCGACGGCCUGUUCGCCAAGCUAGCGCCCAAGCUCAAGGUCAAGCCCGGCAGCGACGUAUCUGCCCUGUGGUGCCAGACCGGCCGCGCCAUCUACUCGUUCUACAACCCGGCCAAGCAGCAGGUGUCGGUGGCCAUCCAGUGGCAGCUGGGCAAGGGUGCCAUCUACUGGAUUGGCUCGGGCUUCGCCGUUCCCCACCUGAAGGGCUACGAGGAGGUCAUGGGUGCUGCACUCCUGACCGCCGCCGCCGCGCCUGCCCCGACGCCGUCUCCCGCGCCCAAGCCUUCUCCCUCUCCCUCUCCUUCCCCCUCGCCCAAGCCCAGCCCCUCGCCCAGCCCCUCUCCCAAGCCGUCCCCGUCUCCUUCGCCCUCUCCUUCUCCGUCUCCCAGCCCCUCCCCCUCCCCCUCUCCGUCGCCCUCUCCCUCUCCCAGCCCCUCCCCGUCCCCUUCUCCUUCUCCCUCUCCCUCUCCGUCCCCCUCUCCCUCCCCCUCGCCGUCGCCCUCUCCUUCACCCAAGCCCUCUCCUUCGCCCAGCCCCUCCCCCUCUCCUUCGCCCUCCCCGUCCCCCUCUCCUUCCCCCUCGCCCAAGCCCUCCCCCUCUCCCUCCCCCUCCCCCAAGCCCUCCCCCUCUCCCUCCCCCUCCCCCAAGCCUGCCCCCAAGAAGUCUCCCCCUCCCGCCGAGGCCCCGCCUCCGGACUACCUGGCCCCGCCUCCCCAGUAAGCGCUGGGCUGCCGCAACACACGCAGCGGCGCGCGCGCCUGGGGCAGUGCCCGCUGCUCAACAGGCAUGCGGUUCUGUAGUUUGCAGGAGGAAGCUGCCAGGGCCGCACCUCGGCGCCCGCAGCUGUAUCGCAGCAGGAUGCAAACUGGAUGAAAGAGAAUUGUAUUGAAAGACGCAUGGCGCUAUUGAGAAAGAUUGUCAUGUGAGGCAUGAGCGCAUUCGCACAUAAGCCUUUCGCAGCCCGGAGCAGGUGUACACUGGCGCAUGACUGAGUUUUGACCUGUUGACAUGAUGCUCAACCAACCACUCGUCAUCUGCAUACAGUAUUGGAGGGGCGUGCGCCGAUGCGCGGCCCCUGUGUCUUAGUUUGCUUGUCAAGCGGGUUUCAUCUGUGUUAUCUGCAGCCGCAGUCGCGUGCCGUGGCCCCUGAUGCAACGUGAAACAUCGUUGGCGUUGGCGGGGAGGCAACCUGUCCGUGAGGGCAUGCGUUGGCUGUCGCGCGAGUUGGAGGUUCAGCAAUGGAUUUCCGUGUGUGGCACGCACGGCAGACGGGUGUUUGGCAUGGGUGUGUUUUGUGCCGUGAGCAUGGCUAUCAAGCAACUCCUCUUCCUGACUCCCUAUUUAUGGACUUUUGCCCAUUUGCGCAGUCACUGCAGUUUGACUGGUGGGAUUUUCAAUCUGUGCCGGUGCCUGACACGAAUUGACGUUUUGGACUUCCGCCAGGACCAUGAUGGGUGCUGCCAUGUAAUUUCCCAUUCACACCAUGUCGAAUAAUUUCCAGGCGGCGUUCACGACCAUCACAUUGCAUCACAUUGCAUGGAGUAUGCUGUGUUUGCCAAGGAUGCUACACAUGAGGUGCCCAUGUGCGGCUUCGUCCUACGUCCGCGGGGCCCCCUAGGCGCAUGCACCAUUUGGACCCGGUACUCACCUGGGGAGCGGCCCGGCCCCCGGGCAGGGGCGAACAGGUAGAGCAAGGCAUGACAGGAGCUACCGCGGCAGUGCUGCACUGCGCCACUCUCUCAGCCUGAUCGCCAACCCAGCAGACCCUGGCGUAGUGGCGUAGUGGCGUAGUGGCGUAGUGGCGUAGUGGCGUGUACCCUGGCGUAGUGGCGUGUACCGCCUGCGCCCCCACCCGCUAACUAGAGAGUGGCCGUACACAAUCAACUGACUGCAGGGCGUGGGUGCUCACUGGCCGCCAGCUUGCCACGGUGAUAUUGGCGUGCUUGAAAAAACGCAACACGCACAGGCGAACAUGACGUUGUAGAGCCGAGGCCAGUAAGCUAGCACAAGCAAAAAGAAAAGCGUGAGCAUGAGCAGCGACCGCAACUGCUACGUUACCUUUGACGAGAUAACCCCGCGCCAAGCUGCGCCACUCCGGCGUCCUAAAGCUUGUGACUCUCAGCUGGUGUAUACGGCUGUCAGAGGCUGGGCUGGCGUAGACUGGCCGCAGACUACCAAGCGAAGGCUGCGAUGCGUUGUGACAACGCGAACCCCAAGAGACCCAGCCAGGCGUAGUGGCGUGCACCGCCUGCGCCCCCACCCGCUAACCCUUUCUUUCAAGCACGUC